AGAAGCACGAGCGCGCCAUGGCCGAUCAACGGUAGCCAUCCACGUCAGCUUCAGAUCUUCACUUCGCUGCCAACUCAUCUUCCUUUCCUUGUGCAUGCAGAAUUAGACUACCAGAAUCCUAAACCAGUUCUUUUUGUUUUUUUUGAACUGCUAAUCCUAAACCAGUUCAAACUUUAAUUUUGCGUCCCUUAAAUACAAAUUUCUGCUCUUUGCUAAUAACCCUAUAGCAAAUAUGGAGGCCGCUCGAAUAUUUUCCUCGCCUGCUCUUCGCUUCGCCGACGCCGGAGUCCAUAAUCGAUCUAGGAAAUUUCGUCAAUUGGGUAUGGUAAAUUAUGGAGUAUCAUCCAAAUCCAGAGAUGAUAUGGGGAUUUUGAGUCGUGGAUUUUCUGAUGCUGGGCACAUGCAAUAUUAUGCAUCCCCAUCUAUGGGUGGAGGAAAGAAGCAAAAGGAGAAGAGUGACGAGAUAAAAACAGAGAAGACGAAGAAGAUGAAGCUGAAGUUGAUUAAAAGAUUGUCCAAAGACUUGGACUUUUUUGAUCAUAUGGUCCAUGUUGAAGAAUCUGGUAGCAUUUUGAUGGAUGAGGUCAAAAGAAAGAAGAUAUCGGAAUCAAUGGAGGUUUUGCUUGCAGAAUUGCGACAUCUGAGGUCAGAGCAAAAGGAAGAGAAGAGGAAAAGAAAAGAGGAGAAAGCCCAGCGGAAAGCCACGUUGGUCAAAGCCAAGGCCAAGAUUGAUUCUGGAUCAUCCUCCUCCUCUUCAAGCUCUUCAUCUGAGUCAAGCGACAGCGAUUGUGAAGUAGUAACGGACAUGAGCAGGUUCAGAAGCAAUGCUCUGAAUCAAUUUAUAGACCGCAAAACAGAACAGGAGCAGGAGAAUAAUAAAGAAGAAGAGAAAUUGGCCGAUAGUAGUUUAUCGAAUCAAGAAGAGCACCCCAUUAUCAGUCUUCAAAAUCUCCCAGAAGAUUGCUCCAAUGAUCAUGAAAGUAGCUGCACUGCAUCAGGCAGGAGGAUUGAGAUUUGCAUGGGGGGCAAGUGCAAGAAGAUGGGAGCACUAGCAUUGUUGGAAGAAUUUGAGAGGAAAGUAGGAAAAGAGGGCAACGUUAUGGGGUGCAAAUGCAUGGGGAAAUGCAAGAACGGUCCUAAUGUGAGGAUUCAGAACGAGAGUGCAAAAGCUUCUGUGGAAGCUCUCAUCAAUCCUCUGUCACUGUGCAUUGGAGUAGGAUUGGAAGACGUAGAUGCAAUUGUUAGAAAUCUUCUGGGCAAAGACAGGAACGAUAAUUGUAUCAUGGCAUCCUCUUGAAGAGACGUGUUUAUUUUUUUUUUUUAUGUCGAUUCUAUUUCUGAGGAUUCAACAUUUGUUUUCUUAGGGUGAUUUCACAUAUUAACAGAGAAAUUUCAUACCAUUCAACAUUA